AAUUUUCUUUGCAAUUUAUUUUUCAUGUUAAAAGUUAUUAGCCAUAUUAUUCUGCAAAAUAGUGGCUUUUAGUGCAACAACUAUAUUUAAGGCUUGGCCAGGAUCAGAGAAUAUGGAGUUCUGUAGCUGUACUGACACAGGCAGAGGGCAAAGAGAUGCUUUCUGUCCCUACAGUGUUGUUUGCCACUCACUGUCCUGUCAGAUGUGCCUUAUACUUGCCAGCAGGGUGUGUUAGCAGAGGAAAUGAUCGAACCUGCCCAAUGUGUGUACAAAAGAUCAAUAUAACAAAGUGAAUAAUGUAAAAUAUAAGGAUAUUACACGUCGUAAGUGAUUUAUAAUAUCCUGACAUUUUACAAAAGGUGGUGUAAUUUAUUGUAAUACACACAAUUUAGGGAGUCAUGUGACAAAUUAAGUCACAAAUCACCAGGUCUUGGAGCUCUGAGGUAACAUAAUAUAUGAUUUAUUUAAAAUUAUUUGUUAAAAUUGCAGACUUGUUGAAAUGCAUACAUUGUGUACGGCACCUGUGCAUUUCAAAUGAGUUUUUCACUCUCACCCUUGAAAAGAUUCUUUGUAUGUCCCAUGAAUUUUCAGUCACUGUUUUACUUAUUCCCCAUUUCCAAUGUCACAGGAUUGGCCAGCAAGCUUCUGUGAUAUUAAUGCAAAUAUUAUGUUUGUAAAUUAGUCUUACUCAAGCUGGAUCAUAGCAAAAUCUGCACAAUAAUGGCUUAUAAAGUUAGUAAAUGAUCUGUAUAAUUUUGAAGAUUAUUUUUCAGUUAGGCUGGAAGUUUAGAAGAUUUUGCAAGCAGGGCCCUCAGUAUUCCAUUUUUGGUCUUUAUAGCUUGAUUGUUGUAUUUACUAGAGGGUGCCAAUUUGUUGGGCAUUUCGAAAUGAAUAAAAUCAUUAGACCCUGGUCUGGCUCCACCUGUUUUUUGAAAAGGGCAAAAACAGGAAGGCUAUGACUGGCAUCAGAUUUUCUGUCCGUGCCUUUAGAAAUGCCCAAACCUGCAUCAGACUCUGCCAGGAUCCCUAUAUGAUGUGCAGAACAUGCAGCUGGACACUGUGCAGGCAUUUGUCAUAUUACCAUGGACAUUGUAGAAAGCCACUCCUUGGUGUUCUCCCUACAGAUUCCACUGGGUUUCUGACAGUGUCGUCUGAAAAUUGCUUACUGAGUCCAUUUAGGUUAAAAAGUAAGAAGAGUCACAAGAAAGGUAGUAAAGGCUCAUCUGAAGAAGUGGAGGAGGAGGAGCGUGAUCCAGAAGAUGUCAGUGACUAUGAAGAUGAACCUGAAGAUCUUAAUGUACAGAAAGACUAUAAAGACUUAGAGAAAGCUGUGCAAUCAUUUCGCUUUGAUGUUAUCCUUACUGCUGGCCUGGACAUAUCUAGAAACAAAAUAGAAGAAGCCUUUUAUAAUAGUUUACUGCGCCUGAAUGGGGAGAAACUGUGGAAGAAGAGCCGAGCGGUAAAAGUUGGAGACACGCUGGAUUUAAUAGUUGAAGAAGACAAACAAAAUGAAACAACAACUGUAAUGAGAAUAAUUUUUAAACAUGUGUUAGAGGAGAAAACGACAACAGAAAAAUACAAGGUGGUACUGAGACGCUGGAAGAACCUGAAGAUUCCAAAACAAGACACAUUACAUAUAAAAUAACUAAACUGAGUGUGUUAGCCAGAGACAUUUUGGGUAUUAAAUGCACAAUAUAUUAUAAAUCACAUAUUUGGUUUGUUAUGGUUACCCAAACUAUAUUAUUUUCUGCUAUGAUAUCUUUGCAUAAAGGGCACUUAGACAUCAUCAGGCUUCUACUGCAUAGAAUGUACUGGAAAAUACAAAUCCUCAAGCUGUGGGCUAGGACUGCGCCAACAUUUUAGAUGUUACACUUGAAAACUGUUUAUAAACUGGAUUAUUUGUGCCUUUACAUUUUUACAUAAAGUCAAAACAUGAAUCUUUUA